AUGAAGCCGCCCUCUCGGCCUCGAAUACAACCGACGCGCUAUGUGAACAAGAAGACCGAAAAGACUGUCUCGAACCGAAAACCAAAGUUCGCGUGCACGGGAUGGAGUCGGACAGAACAACAGGUCCUGCUGCGGUGCCUCAACAAGCAGAACAAGAUGACCGGCGGGAUCCACGGGGCAAUAGACCUAGAGGCCCUGCACGAGAAACUUCCCAAGCAGUCCACAGAAGAAGUAAGUUUGCUAGAUAGCUAAGUUGUGCAUUUCAAAUGGAGGUCACUCUCAUUCAUUGUGUGUGUGUGUGUGUGUGUGUGUGUGUGUGUGUGUGUGUGUGUGUGUGUGUGUGUGUGUGUGAGAGCGAGAGAGUUGUGUGUAUUUGCGUUGUUUGUUUGUGUUUCUGUGUGAAAGUGAGUGUGUGUGUCUGUCUGUCCAGUUCUGUACUAUAUGUUCAUACACAACACACCAAUUAGUGUUUCUCUUCCAUCCAAUCUCCCUCCCAGAUCCAGUCCCAGUUGGAGUCUCUGAUGAUGCGUGUGCUGAGAGCGGUGGUGGGUCAGGUGAAGAGGCAGAGGUCUGAGCAGAAGGCAGCCCUGAAGCCCAUCCAGCUGUGGGCUGAACUUGCCAAUGAUAUGGCUGGAGCUUUGGAGGAACCCAUCACCUCAGCCUUCGCUCAGGUCUGUUCAGUUAUAUAUAGUACACAAUACCAUGUCUUCAAAGGGAAGGGGAAAGUAUCUCACAAGGGACAAUUAUGUUAGAAAACAGUGCAAACAUAUGGGCUACAACAUUAGGUUUAAAUAUUAAGAGAAUAGUCAAGAUAGAAAAUUACAAACUCUCCCUCUCUCUCCAUGUCCCAUCUCCCCUCUCUCGCUCUCUUCCCUUCUCCCCCUCUCCCUCAAUCCUCUCUCCAGAUGCUAGUCAUCUCAGCCACAGAGCCUGGCAGCCUGACCAACUCGGACCCGCCUCGAGAAGACUACCUCCCUAAGCAACAACGCUCCAACUUCAAGACCAUCCCACCUAGACCCAUACCCACCCCAAAACCCCCAGCCCCCACAGGGGCAUCUAACAGCCCUAUAGUGUUUAACAUUGCUUCUACACCCCAACCACCACCUGCAGUCUCCGUACCAGUCUCUGGUGUUCCCACCGCCCCCACCACCCAGCUGUCCACAAUAAACCCUGGUUCUGGUGCGUCCAAACAGAGAGGCAGAACCACUACACCAGCCUCUACGGUUGGAGUCCUAGCCCAGCCUGGUUGCUCUAACUCAAGCAUCCUCAGUCAGAUUCAAGCAGGGGAUGCCAUGUCCAGUGUGCUUACUGUACCAAUGCCUGUACAGUCCCCAUCUGCCUCAUCGUCUGGUCCUACUACAACACUUCAGUCCCAGUCGGUGCCACAAGGUGGCGCUCGCGGUCAGACCUUCACAUCCAACGUCCCUUCCACUCAGCUGGCAGUGAUGUCCUCUCCUGCCGCUGCCGGUGUGUCAACACAACAACAACAGCCCUCUGCUGCAGCCUCCUCUACUAGGCCUCAGCAUCCCGGGGCUGGGCCAAGGAAAAGUAAACAUGCGGAUGAGAACACUCCUAGAUACACAGGCCUGGGGAGCAUCGUGGACUUUGAGAAGAUCUAUCGGUUCUUGAGUACGGUCCACGUGCAGAGUGAAUGUUUCAGACUGACUCCUAUGGGUGAGUUGAUAGCUAUUGUUGGCGGGGCGGGGCGGGGGUGUCAAUUAUACACUUUUUACCUUAAGACAGUCCUCAAUGAUAAUCUGAUUUCUUCUACAUGGCUUAAAAGCUAUCUUGUUAUCUGGGUUGGGGUCAAUUCCAUUUUAAAUUCCAGUCAAUUCAGAAAGUAAUCCAAAUUCCAGUUGAACAUUUUCCCAAUUGAAAAGUGUAGAAGAUUUCUGUGUAGUUCCUGAAUUUACUGGAAUUUAAAUGGAAUUGACCCCAACCCUGCUCGUUAUACAACUAACUGAUUGUAAAGAUAGAUUUGGGUCAAGUGGAUAACACAUUAGAGCACUAGGCUAUUUCAAAUGUGGUCAUCAUGCUCUGUCACAUUCAUAUGUUGCAAAAGGAUUGUCCAGUCUGCCCCAUUUCCUCAUCAUAUUCUUCUUCUUGUUCCUGUUCUUCUUUUCCUUCUUUUUCCCCAGAAAGUGCUAUAUUACUGGACCUGCUGAUGUCUCUGCCUGAAGAGCUCCCCCUCCUGGACUGUGCCAGACUGCAGCACCACCUGCUCCAGGUACUGUACACUCAAAACUACAGAUCUAGGAUCAGAUUGCCCUGCUGAUUUAGGAUCAGUUUUGCUUUUUAAUUCAUAAUGAAUAAGACCUGGAACUUUAUCCACAAAGCAUCUCACGGUAGUAGUGUAGAUCUAGGAUCAGUUUUGCUUUUUAAUUCACAAGGAAUAAGAGUUGGGACCUGAUCCUAGAUCAGCACUCCUACUCUGAGACCCUUUGUGAGUACGGGCCCAGGCCUAGAAUUACAGAUGGGUCAUAGAUCUCCACCUCACUCAUUUCUGUGUGAGGGGGUUUGCCCUUUUGCUAGUGAGUCCUCUCCACCAUCAUUCAUUUUCUCUCUUUAAUAUAUUAUUUCCACCAUCUCUCCCUUUUUGAGAUAUAUUUGACAUUACUCAUCUAAUGUUUUCUUCUCACCCCUAGGUCCAUGAGCGGUUCUCAGCCCCGGUUCCCAAGGUGUUCCGGGGGGGCCCCAGUACUGGGAGGCCCUGGUCCUCGGCGGCGGGAGGAGAAGGAAUGAAAGCGGGAGAUCAAAGAAGACAAGAUGGAGGAGCAACACUUGUUGCUGUGACAACGCCCCCAAGUCAAGAUGCUGGAGACAAGGUGGGGACCUCACUUCAAACACAACAGGAGAGUCAGGUAGAAGGAGGGAGAGGUGGGGCUAUUAGUGGGUUGCCAGAUGGUCAGGGAAGUGAUGGGAUGGAAUGUGCCUUAACCAAUCAGGGUGUGGCUGCAACGGUGGUGCCUGUCAACCUGGUCGCCGGGUGUUCCAAUUCUGUUGCUAAGGAUGGGGCUGUGCCGUUGCAGGGGAGUACAAAGGAAAGAGCAGGAACUGAGACUUUCGCACCUUCACAGGACAAUGGACAAGCCCAUGGACAAACGCCCUCGACCAAUGACGCGUCAGCAAAGUCAGGGACGGCUAUGCAAAGGAAACCUGACUGGGAGAAGGCGGGACUCUGUCCCCUUAACCCCUUCAUGGUGCCUUUGAAACUGUUGGCACGGCAACAGAUCCAGUCAGUGGAAGAGGUGGUGUUACAGUAG